AUGACGGCCAGCAAACUGUUGAUUGCGUUGAUGGUAGUAUGUCUGAUCGGCGGUAAGAAAGUGUUGUUAGUGUAUAACGGUAAUGAUGGUUACUUUCAGAUGCCCUAUGCCAACAAAGAGACAUGUAUGGAAGAACAAGAUUCCAGAGGGGCAAACGGAUCCUUAAAGAUAUCAUUCUAAACUCGAUCCCAAUCAUUCUAAAUGGGCCCCGACCUCCAACUGGAUACUACCCUCAGGGCGGUUACGGUCAACCAAUGAUGAACCCAGGCAUGGGGAUGAUGGAUCCAGUGAUGGGAAUGGAUCCGGGGAUGGGGAUGGGAAUGAACGGAGGAAUGGGAAAUGGAAUGGGCAUGGGCAUGCCGAUGGGGUGA